UAAAUACAACAAUAGCCCUCAUCUUUCUCCCAUGCAUUACUUGUCUUUCUUGUACACAAUACAACCCCACCCCCAUCUCUUGUUCUUUCUCUUUCGGCUAUAAUCUUGUUUGCCCAUCUCUAUAACCAUUUUCAUUUUUUUUUGUCUGACACUUUUUUUCCUAUAUAACCCUAUCACUACCUAUCAUAUCUGAUCAUUACCAAUUAAUACUUACUAUAUUGUUGUAGUAUCCAAAGCUAGUAGUUAGUAGCAUAUAAUUGUUGCUAGGUUUUGAUUUAGGGUUAAAUUAGUUUAUUCACAGGAUGUCUAGCAGGAGAUCACGUUCAAGGCAAACAAGUAGCUCAAGGAAUAUCACCGAUGAUCAGAUCCAUGAUCUUGUCUCCAAGUUGCAACAGCUUCUUCCAGAGAUUCGUGAGAGGCGCUCUGACAAGGUUUCAGCAUCAAAGGUCUUGCAAGAGACAUGCAACUACAUUAGAAGCUUACACCGGGAAGUUGAUGAUCUGAGUGAGCGUUUGUCAGAGCUCUUGGCUACAACAGACACAGCACAGGCUGCAAUCAUUAGAAACUUGCUUAUGCAAUAGAUGGAAAAGUUUAUUUAUCUUUAACUUUAUAGUUAGAACUUCAUCCAUUAGGCUUGUAUUUCUUCUUCUUUUUUUUGUUCUUCACUUGUACCCCUUUUUUGUCCACUUAAUGCAUGUUUGUUUCAGUUUGAUUUUAGA